UUUGCUCUCUCUAUCUCUUUUGCUUCUCAAAAUAAAUUUUAACAAAAAAAUGGAGAAAGAAAAACCAAAAACAGAAGCAUGGAGCAUGUUGCUGAGGCAACCUGAGACACCACAAGACCCUAUGGAGUUCUUGUCUCGUUCAUGGAGUGCCUCUGCUCUUGAAGUGUGUAAGGUUCUUUCCCCAGCUCAACUUCCAGCACUACCUUCUUCUUAUAAGGCCAACAACAACAAUGGUGGUUGUUCUAAUAAUAAUAGUAAUAAUAAUCAUAAUUCUAUGCCUAUACUUGAGGACAUUGCUGGUGAAGCUGCUGAAGAAUCUGCCAUUGUUUCUGGCAAUCCUUUUUCUUUUGCUUCCUCUGAGACCUCUCAGAUGAUCAUGGACCGAAUCAUGUCACAGUCGCAGGAGGUGUCUCCAAGAACCUCAGGGAGGCUAUCUCAAGAUAGCCCUCCAGUUUCCCCAACUGAAAUUGAUGAUUUCAAGUGUAGCCGCUCCAACAACAACAACCAUAAUAGCAACAACAACAUCACCAGCCUGAGUAGUCAAUACAGGGCUUCCGCCACCGGUGGCGCCGCCGUGGCAGCAGGUGGUGGUGGUGGCAAGACGGUAGGAAGGUGGCUUAAGGACAGGAAGGAGAAGAAGAAGGAGGAAACAAGGGCCCACAAUGCUCAGCUGCAUGCAGCGGUUUCGGUUGCUGGUGUUGCCGCCGCUGUUGCAGCCAUUGCCGCCGCCAUAGCUGCCUCAUCUGGGUCCGGCAAGGACGAGCAGAUGGCCAAGACAGACAUGGCAGUGGCGUCUGCCGCAACGCUUGUUGCGGCUCAGUGUGUUGAGGCCGCAGAGGCUAUGGGGGCUGAGCGUGAUCACUUGGCCUCGGUGGUUAGCUCCUCCGUGAACGUAAGGUCCGCCGGCGACAUCACGACCCUGACGGCUGCCGCGGCAACAGGUAUGCAUAUAGAAAAGCAUUGUUAUGAGAUUAGAAUAACUUUUCUUUUGUUGGAUUUUAUUUAAAGGAAAAGUCCACAAUCAAUUUUAUUAAAUUUUGGCAAUCUAAUCAACAAGUUUCUAAAAAUUAGAUUGGAUUAGUGGGUUCGAUCGAAUUAACUGAAAAUCGGUUUAGUUGAUUUUUAGAAUUUUUCUACAAAAAACCGAUUUAAAACCGGCUGAAUCGGUGGUUAACCGAUAAACCGAACGAACCGGCCGGGUUUUUUCAAGUUUAGGUUAGCUGAUCCAACAAUCAAAACGGCGCCGUUUUGAUUCCAGAGAAAAAAACAAAAACUCAAUGCUGAGCUAUCAUCCCCUUUCUUUCUCUUAACAAACACACCCUCACCAACCCUAGAUUCUCCUAAACGGCUAAACCCUAUCAGAGCCACCAUCACCAUCUCCCCUUUCAUUCUGCUCUUCUCCCCUCGUCGCCAGAAGCUAAGGUCGGUUCAGGGCUGUUGUUGGCAUCGCCGUUUUUCUGUCCGAGCUCUCUUUGUCGCUGCUUCUUUGCUCUUCACCGUUGGUCGUCGCCGCUUCUCCUCUCCUCGCCGUGGGUCGUCACUGCUUCUCCCCUCCUUGCCGUGCGUCGUUUCUGCUUCUCACCUCCUCGUCGUUUUUGGCUGUGGCCCCUUCUCGUCUCCCCGCCAGUCUUGUCGUCGCUGCCUCUCUGCUCCGCACCGUGUCUCACCGUCGUUGCUUCUCUGUUUCACGUUACCAAGGAGUGAGCCACCGCCGCCGUCCGUCGAAGUCAGGGCCUUCUCUCUUCGUUCCGUCGGGGUUCUCCAAGAACAACCCCUCUUGGCUCUCAGUCUCGUUCUCUACCGUCGACGUCGUCUGCUCGCAGUCGUCCUUCGAAGGUCAGUGCUCACUGCUAGUGCUUGUUCCUCGUUUGCUCAGCCGCACUUCUUCGCCGUCCGUCGUCCUGCUUGUCGCCUGGUCUCGGUCUCGGUCUUCGUCUCCGUCGUGGUUCUGCCUCUCUGCUCCGACUGCUCAGAACAAAGUUAUCCAUUAAAGCUGGAGGAGUUGGAUUAACUUUAACUGCUGCAAGCACAGUUAUCUUUGCAUAACUAUCCUGGACUCCAGGUGACCUAAUUAUGGCCGAAGAUUGUGCUCAUAGAAUUGGCCAGUAUUCUCACUCUCAUGAAGUAGAAAGGAGAGAGCUGUUACUAGUUGCAUGACAACAUUAAGAAAACAGAUAAUAUCAAAUGAAAAGAACUCACGUCGUACUUUUUUUUAGCAAAGGCAACAUGCACUGUUAUGGUUCUUUGACUAGUUAUUUCUUGUUUACAGCCUUACAGGUGUCUUCAGUAAAUAUAUACUACUUGCUGGCAAAUGAUACGGUUGAUGACAUCAUAUACUACAUUUAUUUUGCAUUGACGAUCUUCUAUAUUUUUACAUCUUAGGGAUGUGGUGCAAUUCAAACUGGUUAAUUUGGGGCAGAUUUGAAGUCUGAGGUGGUGGUCUUCAAAGCCGAGUUGGAUAAAGGGUUUGAAUGUGGAGCUUGAAUCCAAGAACAAGAAGCUCGGUGAGGAUCUUGCUGCUGCUGAAGCUAUA